AACGAUAAAGUAAAACUCCAAAUAAACCCUCCUCUCCUCGCCUCUCCUCUCUCGCAAGUCCACCAUCUUCCCCUUCCACUGUUUCUUCUGUUCUUUCUUCAACUCUCUCUUUCUCUCUCUUUCUCUCUCCUCCAUUUUCACAACAAUACAAAUAAUGAGUCGUUACGACUCUCGUUCUACUGACCCUACUUCCUACCGCGACCGUCGCAGUGAUUAUGGAACCUCAUCCGCCGGCGAAAAUGGUGGCGGAGGUCGAAUUGGGGCACCGGCUCCGAGGAGAGACUCUUCACCGCAACGGAAGUUGGAUUUAGAUGGAUUGACGCCUUUUGAGAAGAACUUCUAUGUGGAAUCCCCCUCCGUUGCCGCCAUGACUGACCGCGAUGUUGAAGAGUAUCGCAAAACAAGAGAAAUCACUAUCGAGGGCCGGGAUGUUCCAAAGCCUAUCAAAAGCUUCUCCGAUAUCGGUUUCCCAGACUAUGUCAUGGAAGAGAUUAAGAAGGCAGGCUUUACUGAACCCACUGCUAUUCAAGCUCAAGGAUGGCCGAUGGCCCUAAAGGGUCGUGAUCUAAUUGGUCUAGCAGAAACAGGAUCAGGGAAAACACUUGCCUACUUGCUACCUGCUAUAGUCCAUGUCAAUGCUCAGCCAAUUUUAUCUCCUGGUGAUGGUCCAAUUGUAUUAGUUCUGGCGCCAACUAGGGAACUUGCUGUACAAAUACAACAAGAAGCCACUAAGUUUGGCACUUCUUCAAGGAUUAAAAAUACCUGCAUAUAUGGCGGGGUUCCUAAGGGACCUCAAGUUCGUGAUCUCCAGAAAGGUGUCGAGAUAGUGAUUGCAACACCUGGAAGGUUGAUUGAUAUGUUGGAAUCCCACCAUACAAAUUUGCGUAGAGUGACCUACCUUGUGUUGGAUGAGGCAGAUCGAAUGCUUGACAUGGGAUUUGAACCUCAGAUUCGCAAAAUUGUGAAUCAGAUUCGACCAGACCGUCAGACACUAUACUGGAGUGCUACAUGGCCAAAAGAGGUUGAGCAACUAGCUAGGCAGUUUCUAUAUAAUGCAUACAAGGUUGUCAUUGGGUCUCCCGACUUAAAGGCUAACCAUGCAAUUCGUCAGAUUGUGGAGAUCCUCUCUGAGAAUCAAAAGUAUAAGAAACUAGUGGAUCUGCUGGAGGAUAUAAUGGACGGAAGUCGAAUUUUGGUGUUUAUGGACACUAAAAAGGGUUGUGAUCAGAUUACCCGGCAGCUUCGCAUGGAUGGUUGGCCUGCUCUUUCAAUUCACGGGGAUAAGAGCCAAGCAGAAAGAGAUUGGGUGCUGUCAGAGUUUAAAUCUGGCAAGAGUCCUAUAAUGACUGCUACAGAUGUUGCGGCUCGUGGUCUAGAUGUGAAAGACGUGAAAUAUGUAAUCAACUAUGAUUUCCCUGGUUCACUUGAAGACUAUGUUCACCGUAUUGGUAGGACAGGGAGGGCUGGGGCGAAAGGAACAGCAUACACUUUUUUCACAGCUGCAAAUGCCCGAUUUGCAAAGGAACUUAUUGCCAUUCUUGAGGAAGCUGGACAGAAGGUCAAUCCUGAGCUGGCUGCUAUGGGCAAAGGUGCUCCACCCCCUUUAGCUGGUGGUAUGACAGAACGGAGGAGCCGAUACAGUACCGGUCGUUCUUGGAGCUAAUAGAUAAUGAACAUACGAUGUUUAUUCCCCCUCGUUACAUUAUUUGUUUCCUUAAGCAUUCAGCUUCUGUAACUUAAUGCCGGGGUUAGACUAGGAUGAUGCUUCGGAUGGUUUUGGAAGGUUAUGGAGUUUCAGAUAGUGUCUUUGUAUAAAUACUGUAUCCAGAGGCUCCCGGUGCGCAUAGUUGCAUAGAUAUCUAAGUCGAUAUGAGACAGUGGAUGUAAUAGAGUUUUCAAAUCACACUAGUUCUCCUACCAACAAAGAGUGGUUCUUUGAUGCUCUCCUUUGUAGACGUACUUGAAUUUAUUUAGAAGAAUGGUUUUUUUUGGCUAUGCAAUUAAAGAAA